ACAUGGGAGAGAAAUGCAGUUCAGGGCUCGUGUGCGGGCGGGGCAGCAGGUCUCAUUAUUCCUGUUUUCCAGGGCUGUUUCUGAGCCAGAGGAGCAGCACGCAGAAGCAGACUCUCUCGAAACCUGCCAUCUGGGCCAAACCCAGUUUCAUGGUUCCGAAGGGACAACCGGUGAUCAUCUGGUGUCAGGGAGCCCACGGGGCCGUUGAGUACCAGCUGUAUUUUGAGGGAGGCUUUUCUGCCUUAGAGAGACCAAAGUCAUUGAGAAUGACGAACAAAGUCAAGUUCCCCAUCCCAGCCAUGACCUCAAACACCGCGGGGAUAUACAGGUGCUUCUACCGAAGUGGGGAGCUCUGGUCAGAGCCCAGUGACCCCCUGGAUCUGGUGGUAACAGGAAUGUAUGACACGCCCACCCUCUCAGUCCAGCCCAGGCCUGAGGUGGCCUCGGGAGAGAACGUGACCUUCUACUGCCAUCUAGCAGCAGCGACAAACACGUUCUUUCUGCUCAAGGAGGGAACACCCAGGCGCCCCCAGAGCAGAUACGGGAACAUCCGGGCUGAGUUCCCCGUGGGCCCAGUGAGCGCAGCCCACAGAGGGACGUACAGGUGUUUUGGCUCCUAUAAUAACCACGCGUGGUCCUUCCCCAGUGAGCCUGUGGAGCUCCUGGUCAGAGGCGAUGUCGGGGAUACCAGCGCUGCACGCACAGAGCACACGUCUUCUCCUGCAGAGGACAGACCGCGGGCCAGCGCCAGGAGACACACGCCACUGGAGCAGCACACAGGAGGGACGCGCGACCCCUGGGACUCCUAUCCGUUAACCACAGAGACACCAUUCGAGAAAGAUCUCGCCCUCUGGGAUCACACUGCCCAGAAUCUCCUUCGGAUUGGCCUAGCUUUCCUGGUCCUGGUGGCCGUCGUGUGGCUCCUGGCUGAAGACUGGCUUCACAGGAAGAAGCCUCAGAAGAGAGCCAACAGGGUUUCAAGUCGGGAAUGCCGGAGAAGGUUCAGAACACAGAGACCCCUGGAGAAACAGCCAAGAGAUGUGGUGGCCGCGGGCAAAGCCGACAGCCUAUCCUGAAUGUGGGCUGCGGGAGCCCAGCGGAGGAGGGGUCAUCGCAGAAAACCGAGGCAGAACUGCACGGAGUUUGGCAGGAGUGGGUACGAAGAUGCUCAGUUUCCUCUGCAGACACAUCCCCUUGUCUCUUCUGGGCUCUCCGUAUUACCGUGCGGGCUCCCUGCAAGCCAGACGUUAACUGCUCUGGUCUUCCCUGAAAACACCUUCUUUAACAGCAUGGCUACGAGAAUUACUUCCUUCCGACUUUUGUCUUUGUCCCUGUUUCUUCUUUGCUUUCUCAGCAGAUGUGAUUCAAAAUAUUUAACAACCAGUACAGCAUAGGCAUUUAUCAAAUGGAACGGGAGCCAGAGAGGCAGGGACCAGGCAAUGGAGAUCCAAUCAAACCGCACGGCCAUGUGACGUGUCCUGGCUGGAUUUCAGCCACGCCCUCCUUCCCUCUGUCCCGUGCGCCUGAAGGGUCCCAUCUUCCUCACCUCUUCAUCCACACCUUGCCUUGUUCCUUGGGUCUCUUAGUAAAUAUUACCUCCUCCAAGAAAGUCUCCCAAAUCCUCCGGCUUGACUGAAGACACUGCUUUUAUGCUCCCAAAGCACCUUGAAUUUCUCUCUGACAGCACUUGAACCCUAAUACUGCAUUCAUAUCCAUUUUCCUGUAUCUACUGUGAACUCACGUGAAUUAAAUUUAUGUCAGAUUUAACGGCUAUGUUCAUAGUUCCCACUACUGAGACAGUUCUCAGGAAAUACAUGUUGGAUUAAUGGAUAUUUACAGGGCUGGAGUAGUGCUUGGAACGUGAGACUCCUGAGUAUGGCCCUUGAAAUGUUGACUGGGCACCACAAACCCUUUCCUUUUUUUGAGUUUCCACUUGAUCAGUCCAUCAAUAUGCCCAUUAUGUGGGUCACCACCUCUCCUCAAUAUUCCAAUACCUCAAACAGGUCAAAUUCAUUCUAUGAAUCUGAGUUUUCUGUUAAAUAGCAGAGAAUAUUAAUUCCAACCUCAAAGGGAUGACAUGAAGAUUUAAUGAGAUCAAGAAUAACCAGAAGCUAGCAUAAGCUCUAAUGUAUGUUAGCCACUCAGUGCAUGGUAACCAUUAUUAUUCCUGGUCCUACAGGCAAUGGAAAAUCUCACCAAUUAUUACCUCAUUACCAGUGCCCCCACUGCUGAAUUUCCUUCUCUCUGUUCUUCACUUACGAGGUGUUCUAAGGUCCAAGACUUUCUAGUUAAUGUUGAAUUAUAUUUUUCUAUAAUUCACUACUGUAAGU